AUGCCCAUUCCAACCGCCGAUCUCCUGAACAAGGAUCUCCAGUCGAACACGCGCUCAACAACCUCAUCCGACUCCUCGCAGCCGCAUAGCAUUGGCCAAGGCUUCGGAGCUGGCUAUAGUAACGCCACCGGUGGACAAGGUGACUCGCACGCCGAGAGCGACCGAGCCUUGAGCAAAGAAGAGGCCGACCGUCUUUACGAGGAACGCAUGGAAGAGGAAUACGCGAAGAGGGAGGGCGGCGCAUAG